AUGACACCUUAUUUGAAAAUAAUUAAAUCAUCAUAUACUCUUUUGUCAUUUUUUUAUUUUAUUGCAAAUACAAUUAUAAGGACAAUUCAAAAUGUUCCAACUUCACAUAAAAUUAUAUUAGUUUCAUUAUAUUAUUUAGUAUUUUCAUUAUUUAUUACAAGAAUAUUUUAUGGAUCACCUUUAAAAAUUAUUUCAACUUAUAUUUAUGGUAAAUUUUAA